AUGCAACCAUCUUCUUCUCUUUCCAUAAUUUUCAAUGAUUUUUCAGAUGUAAUACAGAAAUUUUUGGCUUCUGAUGCAGUCUCUGAUUUCUUUCAUAACCUGUCAGAUGUAAUACAGGAUUUCAUCUAUAUGUCUUCAGAUGCAAUACAUAAAUUUAUGGCUUCUGGUGCAGUUUCUGAUUUCAUCAAUGAACUUUCAGAUGUAAUACAGAAAUUUAUGACUUUUGAUGCAGUCUCUGAUUUCAUCCAUAGGCUUUCAGAUGCAAUACAGGAUUUCAUCCAUAAGUUUUCAGAUGUAAUACAGAAUUUUUUGUCUUCUGAUGCAGUCUCUGAUUUCAUCUACAAGCUUUCAGAUUUAAUAAAGAAACUUAUGACUUCUGAUGCAGUCUCUCAUUUCAUCCAUAAGUUUUCAGAUGUAAUAAAGAAUUUUAUGGCUUUUGAUGCAGUCUCUGAUAUCAAUAAGCUUUCAGAAGUAAUUCAGAACUUUAUGGCUUCUGAUUCAGUCUCUGAUUUCAUCCACAAGCUUUCAGAUGUAAUACACGAUUUCAUCCAUAAGUUUUUAGAUGCAAUACAGAAAUUUAUGGCUUCUGAUGCAGUCUCUGAUUUCGUCCAUGAGCUUUCAGAUAUAAUACAAAAAUCUAUUCCUUCUGAUGCAGCGUUGGUCAAAUGGUUUAACAAAGAAAACGUUACUACAGUUUUUGCUAUGGUAGUGAUAGGUUUCCUGAUGUAUAGUUGCUGCAGAUGUAUUGGAGGUAAAACAAUGAAAUCACUAGGGCAGAAUUUUCGCAUACCAAGGAAAGGAUUUGAUGAAAAUCCUUCUGGCUAUUUCUGGAACUUGCGCGACAAGUAG